CGCGCCGCACGCCGCCGCCCGCCCAGCCGCCAGUCGGUGCUCGCAGCUCGUCGUGUCGUGGCGCGUGUUCUAUCGCAGUCCGCCCCUGCCGUGUACAUCACGUCCGCGUGUCCGUUGACGUGCGCGAGUCCGCGCGCGCUUGUGCCGUGUGUCUGUGUGUCUGUGUGUGCGCGCGCGCGCUUGUGCGCGAGUGUGCUUGUCUAUCUGACGGCAUGUGAGGAGAUGUCGUGAAGACCCCCCUGGCCCAGCUCCACACCAUGCCUGCUACGGGAGAAGUGCAGCCGCAGCCCCGGGUCGAGUUUGACCUAGGCAGCACAGUGGACCUCGGCGACUCCAUGGGGACGUACUUCAAGUCGUCGUUCGCCAAGUCCAUGGCGCUGAGCUCGGAGCAGCAGAGCAAGUCCCUGGACUGCUCGGCCCUGAACGCUGCCCUGCGCGCGCGCGCCGACAUGGAGUUUGGUUUAGCCGUCGCGCGCGGCAGGGACCCGGGGCUGGUGGACCCGGAGAGCACCGUCAAGGUGCGCCGGGACAGCUGCAUCCCCCGGGGUGGACCCCAGGCCCUGCAGGACGGCCAGCCACAGCGCGCCACCCCGCAGCGCGACAGGACCAGGACCAAGGAGGACGCCGGGCACUCAGACGCGGCCAAGGAACUCGCCAGGCUUCGCAAGGUGAGUAGUCCAGCCGGCCGUUAGCCGUGCGAUCAGGCUCCGUCCGCGGCCCUGCGGACAUGGCGCACCAGAGGACCAUCAUCAUC